GAAGCGUGGUAGACAUGUUAUCUUCAAAUGUGGUUUAAGUACAAGCCUUAAUCUUUAGCUCUGAGAGAGCCAGUGUAAAAUGCCGACCUUGAACCUCUUCACGAAUGUCCCAGUCGACGCAGUCGUCGCCUCUGACAUUCUAAAGGACGCCACCAGAGCUGUUGCUAAAAUCAUUGGCAAACCUGAAUCUUAUGUGAUGAUUUUGAUGAAUGGGGGAGUGCCGAUUGCAUUUGCUGGCACUGAAGAACCAGCUGCUUAUGGGGAAUUGAUCUCCAUUGGGGGCCUUGGACCUAGUGUCAAUGGAAAACUGAGUUCAACUAUUGCAGAAAUUCUGCAAAUUAAGCUGUCCAUAGACAGUUCUCGCUUCUAUAUCAAAUUUUAUGAUGUUCAGGUAAGGGCAAAGGAAAUAUCGACCAGCCAUGAGUUUGAGGGCUUUGGAGCGGCACUUACAUAUUUGGCCACCACGGUCGAGGGAUUUGAAAGGACUUAGGGUAUAAGUCCAAUUUUUGUCACUUAGGUCAACUAUUUUUGUAAACUCUAAAUGUAAUUGUCUGUUGAUAAACCUUUUAGGGAUUCCAUGUAAAUUAUUAAAUAUUUAAUGAAAAGUUUAAUCAUUUGACUAAAAAUUUUAAUACCUAAA